AUGGUAUCAGUUCUGUGGUUAUGUUUAUUGUGGAUUGACAAUGUGUGGACCGAGAACAGUACUAAAGAAUUGGAGGGGUACCCAUCCGGAUAUUUGGCUGAUUGUCCAGGAUCAAACAAAGAAGCCAUAAUCACCAAGAAGAGUCUGAAAUAUUUGACUAUAACAGUGGACAAUGGUCUCAGCGGUAGAAGAAGAAAAUACAAUUAUUAUGAAACAAGCGAAUUAGCGCGAGAUCCCGACUUAGACUUUAGCAAGAAAACAAUGUUGUAUGUUGGAGGAUAUUUGGACAGUCCGAGUUUCAUGUUUGCAUCAACUAUAGCCCUUAUUUAUAGAGAGCUAGGUUAUAAUACACUUUUAUUGGACACAAAUACCUUCACCACUAUGGAAUAUCCUAGAGCUGCGCGAUUCAUGCGUCCAGUGGGGAAGCAUACAGCCAAAAUGUUAGCUGACCUGACCCAGGAAGGCCUAGAUCCAAAAAAGUUGGAGCUGAUAGGUCUAAGUCUCGGAGCACAAACUGCAAGCUUGAUAGCCAAAAAUUACGAACUACUUACAGGUGUAAAAAUAUCCCGGCUCACUGGCUUAGAUCCAGCAGGACCUUGCUUCAGAAACCUCGGCCCAGAAGACAGGAUCGAUAAAAGCGAUGCUGAUUUCGUGGAUAUUAUAGCGACGAAUAUUGACGGGUAUGGAAUGGCAGCUCCGGUGGGACACGUAAAUUUUUACGUCAACGGUGGAGAGUACCAGCCGGGCGACGUUUUGUGGACAUUUUGUAAUAUACUCUGUAGCCAUAUACGGUCGUUCACAAUAUGGUUAUCUGCAUUGCGGAAUCCCCAUUCGUUCGUCGGUCUCCAGUGCGACUCAGUGCAGCAAGCGAGAGAAAAGCUGUGUUACGACCGAGACCCAAUCGUAACAAAUGUGUUGGGAUUGAAUUCUGAUAGAAGUCAGCAUGGUAUAUUCUACUUGAACACGGAUAAUAAGUAUCCAUAUUUUUUGGGAGAAAAGGGCCUUUUAAAGGAGAACGACUUCUUAUUAUCUCAAACUAAAGCCUUGAAUAAACAAAAUGUGAUCAAAAUGAAGUAG